AUUUAAUUAAAGUUUCAUUUUUAUGUAAUUCUUAUCAUUAUUAAUAGUUUGGUUAACUCUAAAGCGCACUUUAUUUUGUUUUAGGUCCUUGUACGCCUGUCUUCCAUGUGAGCGCCUCUAUCCCGCACCACAGUCCGCGAGCUCCCAACUUCAGCGUUUACGCACGGUGACAGUUGCGUCUCCAUCAGCGAUCAGUGCCGUGGACGCGCUCCGGCUUUGGAUCUCUCAAGGUGGGGACGAAGUUAAACGAGCAUUCUGAACUUUUGGAUGGAACACGAGAGGUUUCGUGGAGACUGCUAACUUCUUAAAGGCGAGAGCUGUAUGAUAACCACAGUUGAUCAAAUCAUUUCUGCUCUGUGAAUCUGCAUGCCCUUCUGGAAGUUAGACUUUCUGUUGUUGGCUGCUAUGUGUGUGUGCCAGGGCUCUUGGCAGUGUCUGCACCUGUUGGCAGCAGGCAGGACCCUCCUGGCAAGGCCGGCAAAAAUUGUGCGAUGCUCUUGUACAAGUGCAGAGGAGAUUGCUGCUACAGCACGGCAACAUGGCGGCCACGCUUCGCUUCCCGCUGCGGUCGGCCAGUGUUUCCAUUUCAGGCCGAAGAGAAAAGGGGGAACGUCGUAGCUGCACAAUGCAUUCGUGAUGUUUUUGAUGUCGAAAUCAACAUUUCAGCAUCGAUGAUGGUGUCUGUAGUGAUGCGUGCUGUUAGAGCAUGGCACAAGCAACGGCAGCAUGGAUUUGAUUUCUACAAAGUGUGGACCUUAAGGCUGCUGUGAUCGUGAGUAGUGGUGCUGAGAACCAUGGAUCAUCUCAGCGAAACUUGUCUGGGGAAGGAGAACUGUGAGAUGGUCAACAAUAUGAAUGACACCAAGGCCCCUCCUGCUAAACUGGCCCGCCUAGAACAGAACGGAAGCCCGCUGGGCCGAUCUCGUCUAGGUAGCACUGGCACAAAACUCGCUGGUGUGCCCUUCAAACCCUCUGGACAUCACCUGAAGACCUGCCACAAGAGGGGUAACAUGCUGCCAGUGUUUUGUGUGGUGGAGCACUACGAGAGCCCGAUCGAGUUUGACAGCAAAGAGGAACAUGCCGAGUUCGUCCUGGUCAGGAAGGACAUGCUCUUCAACCAGCUCAUCGAGAUGGCCCUGCUCUCGCUCGGUUACUCGCACAGUUCGGCCGCACAGGCUAAAGGUAUGAUUCAGGUGGGCAAGUGGAACCCCGUACCGCUUUCCUACGUGACCGAUGCGCCCGACGCCACAGUGGCAGACAUGUUACAGGAUGUGUACCAUGUGGUCACGCUGAAAAUCCAGCUUCACAGUUGCCCUAAACUAGAAGACCUUCCACCAGAGCAGUGGACCCACUCUACAGUAAGAAAUGCCCUCAAGGAGUUACUCAAAGACAUGAACCAGAGCUCUUUGGCAAAAGAAUGUCCCUUAUCACAGAGUAUGAUUUCAUCAAUUGUUAACAGCACUUACUAUGCAAAUGUGUCUGCUGCGAAGUGUCAAGAAUUCGGACGCUGGUAUAAACAUUUCAAGAAGACAAAAGAUAUGAUAGUCGUGCGCCAGCCCUCCCAGCUGGAGGGCUACCUGGGGACGUGUGUCCUCCAUGACAGUCCACGUGCCACCACAUUAGCCGAAAUGGAUGGUCUAUCUGAUCUUUCACCACCUGGACCCAACCACCUCAGUUUUAGCCAGCAGCCCAUCCCGGGCAGUACCGCCGAGCAGCCGCCAUCUCCGGUGCCCCUGUCCCACACCAGUCAGGCUCCCAGCAGGGCCCAGCUGCCCGGCCUUCACCCCGGUUUGGUGUCCACACCCAUGAGCCCUCAGCUUGUGAGCCAGCAGAUCGUGAUGGCACAGAUCCUCAACCAGCAGUACGCCGUCAACCGCUUGCUCGCCCAGCAGUCUCUGAGCCAGCAGUACCUGAACCACCCGCCCGUCAAUCGUGCCCUGAACAAACCCCUGGAUACGCAGGUGUCCAACAACUCCGAGGUCUCCUUAGAGAUCUACCAGUGGGUGAGAGAUGAGCUGAAGAGGGCCGGCAUCUCACAGGCGGUAUUCGCCCGUGUGGCCUUCAACAGGACGCAGGGUCUUCUCUCUGAGAUUCUCAGGAAAGAGGAAGACCCCAAGACCGCGUCUCAGUCUCUCCUGGUCAACCUUCGAGCGAUGCAGAACUUCCUACAGCUUCCGGAGGCGGAGCGUGAUCGCAUCUAUCAGGACGAGAGGGAACGUAGUUUGACCGCUGCCUCUGCGAUGGGUCCCGCCCCCCUCAUUAGUUCCCCAGCGCCACGCCCUGCACAGCCCAGAAGAGAGGAGUGUAAUAAUGUAAGACCGGAAGACUGGAAUCCCAGAAUUCCAGUGGGGAUCUCUCCUGUGAGUGUAUACAGCAUGGUAAAGCCCAACUCUCUGUCAUCUGAGUGGAAUGGAAAAUCUGAAAGCUGUGUGUUAAAUAUCAACUCCUCCAUCUAUGAUGAGAUCCAACAGGAGAUGAAGAGAGCCAAAGUGUCUCAGGCCAUGUUUGCCAAGGUUGCUGCUUCAAAGAGCCAGGGUUGGCUUUGUGAGCUUCUGCGCUGGAAAGAAGAUCCGUCCCCGGAGAACCGCACGCUCUGGGAGAACCUCUCCAUGAUCCGACGGUUCCUCAGUUUGUCCCAAUCGGAACGUGACGCCAUAUACGAGCAGGAGAGCAACGGUGGGCAACAGCAUCACGCAGACAGACCCUCGCAUAUGAUGCACAUACCCACAGAUCCAAUGCAGGCUCAUCAACAGCCCCCCUCUCAGCUCCAGACACCUCUGCCCCUGCCACACCCAUCUCAGACUCCUCUAUCCCAGCAGCCCAUGCAGCAGCAGCAACAGAUGGGGCCACGGCUACCACCCCGACAGCCCUCCACGGCCUCGCCCGCAGAGACGGAGGACGACAACCGAAGCAAGAGUCGCCAAGGCAACCGCAUCUCCAUGGAGGCGCUGGGCAUCUUGCAGAGCUUCAUCCAGGACGUCGGCUUGUAUCCGGACGAGGAGGCCAUCCACACCCUUUCCGCACAGCUGGACCUGCCCAAACACACCAUCAUUAAGUUCUUCCAGAACCAGCGCUUCUACGUCAACCACGCCGGCAAGCUAAAAGAGACGCCCAUCGGCUUCCUAUCCAAUAACAACAACAACAACAAGGACGAGGGCCUAACGGACUUCAAAGAAGGCGAGCUUAUCACGGAGCUUGAUGAGAGCGUGCAGACCAACAGCUCCAUGUUCUCCAUUAAAAUGGAAGAGCACAUGGUGCCUGAAGCUCACGCUCCGUGUCAGGCCCAAACUGAGCAGGAGGCUAAAGAGUAACACUGGCCUCACGGACCUUUAAUUUGAUUCUAGUAUCUCUCUCUCUCUCUUGUUCUCUUUGACUCCGUCUGUGGUCCAUGGGCGAAACUGUAAGACUUUUUACACGAGACUGAAUUAUACAGAGGUCAUUCACCUUCACGAUUUUGUAAAGCGUGUAUUAUUUCACUGUAAAGACUCAUUUCAAUGAUCUGCACAAUAAACUAUGUAAAACAAACCCAACAAAAAAAAUCUUUACAGAAGGAACCAAGUUUACCAGAAACAUUUAAAUUUAGUCAUUAUUUACUCAGCCCAGUGUUAUUGCGAACCAGACUUUUUAACUUUUUGUAAAGAAUAUCCUGGUUGCUUUUUACAUUUCAUGAAAGUGAAUGGGGACUGAGGCUGUCAACCUAGAGUGAUCCAUAAUGACUUCGGAUACUGUGGAUAGUGCGUACUGAAUUAGAUGAAGUACAUACUCGUCGACUAUUAAAACAGUACAUGAAAUUCAUCAUCAUAACAACAAGCAGUGUUGGGGGUAACACAUUACAACUAACGUGCAUUACGUAAUAAUAUUACUUUUCUAAAGUAACGAAUAAAGUAACGCAUUACUUUAUAAAUGUACACAAUAAUAUCUUAGUUACUUUUUAAAAAAACUUAUGCGAGUUACUUUUCUAUGGAGCCCCUAAGGGGACAUGGAGCAAAAAUUAAAUAAAGUUUAGUUUCGCGUGCUCGCGUGAAUUUUUUCAAAAAAAUUCUGUACAUGAAGUUUUCGCGUGAGCACGCGAAACUAAACUUUAAAAAAAAUCUGCACAUGAAGGUUUCGCGUGAGCACAUGAAACUAUCGCAUGCGCAUGUGAAACUGUCGAGUUUAGUUUCGCGUGCUCACGUGAAACUUUUACGUGUGCGCGCGAUAGUUUCACGUGAACAUGCGAAACUAAACUUUUCAAAACAAAUUCUGUACAUGAAGUUUUCGCGUGUGCACGUGAAAGUGAAACUUUCAUGUGCAUGCGCGAUAGUUUCACGUGAGCACACGAAAAAAUUCUGCACAUGAAGGUUUCGCGUGAGCACAUGAAAGUAAACUUU